GUUCCAACAGUGGUAGGUAGGGGUAGUUCUGCCACCUAACCCUUCUCCAGAGCGGGCGCUACAGUCUUGGCCAUCUGCCGUCUGCAUACCAACCUCGCUCAGGAGAGGAGCCGCUCCCCCGCCGAGGAUCUACCGGAAUGGCCGCUGACGCUGCAUUUUCGUCGCCUCCGGCCGCCAUCACCUGCCGAGCGGCGGUGGCGUGGGGGCCGGGGCAGCCGCUGGUGAUGGAGGAGGUGGAGGUGGCCCCGCCGGGGCCCCUGGAGAUCCGCGUCAAGGUCGUCUCCACCUCCGUCUGCCGCAGCGACGUCAGCGCGUGGCAGUCCAAGGCGCAACCUGAUCUGUUCCCCAGAAUCUUUGGCCACGAGGCAUCCGGAGUGGUAGAGGGUGUGGGUGAAGAGGUGACCGAGUUCCAAGUGGGAGAUCACGUGCUGACCGUCUUCAUCGGGGAAUGCAAGAGCUGCAAACACUGCAUCUCGGGGAAGAGUAACAUGUGCCAGAAGCUCGGUCUGGAGAGGAAGGGCGUCAUGCACAGCGAUCAGAAGACCCGCUUCUCUAUCAAGGGGAAACCCGUGUACCACUACUGUGCAGUGUCAAGCUUCAGCGAGUACACCGUUGUUCAUUCAGGAUGUGCUGUGAAGGUCGGCCUGACAGUGCCAAUGGACAGGGUGUGCCUGCUUAGCUGCGGUGUGUCUGCAGGACUCGGCGCAGCUUGGAAUGUUGCAGAUGUAUCCGAGGGCUCAAGCGUAGUUAUUUUCGGUCUUGGAACUGUAGGACUUUCUGUUGCUCAAGCUGCUAAGCUUCGGGGGGCAUCCAAGAUCAUAGGAGUUGAUACUAAUCCUGAGAAGCAGGAAAAGGGGAAAGCUUUUGGUGUCACAGAUUUUAUUAACCCGAAUGAACUGAGCGAGCCUGUUCAGCAGGUAAUCAAAAGAAUGACUGAUGGAGGGGCAGAUUACUCCUUUGAAUGUGUGGGUGAUACCGGCGUAGUUUCCACUGCGCUUCAAUCAUGUUCUGAUGGUUGGGGAGUAACCGUAACUCUUGGUGUACCAAAAGCAAAGCCAGAGGUGUCUGCUCAUUAUGCAUUUCUUCUCUCUGGAAGGACACUGAAGGGAUCUUUGUUUGGAGGAUGGAGACCUAAAUCUGACCUACCUUCAUUGGUAGAUAAGUAUGCAGACAAGGAAAUCCAAGUUGAUGGCCUAGUCACGCAUGAUAUACCAUUCGGUGACAUCAACCAUGCACUUGAACUGAUGCUAGAAAACAAGUGCCUGCGGUGUGUGAUUCACAUGUCACAGUGACAGCCUGAUAAGGUUGAACAACUGCUGCAUAUCUGCUAUUUUCCCCUUGAUCACCUUUGUGGCUCAAUUAUCCAUAGCACAUCACAGCUCACUCUUUUUGGCCUUUUUUGCUUAUCGUAAAUUGUGGUGUUGUAAAUCCAAGUACAGCACUCUCAAGAGAAUCACAAUGAUCUUCAUUCUCAGAAAUUGUCCUGUAACCUGUCUUACUGAGAUGGAACCUGUAAUAGCUGUAAUGUUUUCAUGUAACAUGUAUAAGCCAUCAAGCCAAUAUUGUUCCUCUAUUUGAGCUUGUUUUGAUGAUUUGAGAUUUGAAGGAUCCUUAAAUCUGUAACAUUGUGUAAGAUUGAAUGAUAACAAAAUCGGAGUGAAAUUAAUCGCUGAUAUGACAGAUUACUUGAUUUUGAAA